AUGUCGCAAUCACAUUCGGAGCUUCGCCGGCAAGGCAAGCACGAGAAGGCGCGUACCAAGAUGAUGGAAGACUUUGAGCGACAGAAGGCCGACCUCGCCAAGGAGUCGGAACGCAACCACACGGGGGCGGAUCGCUUCGUUGGCAAGAACGACUCGAUGGAGGACGCACUCAAGAAGUCGACCGUCGGUCUCGUGCAUCUGGAAGACUUCCAGAAGCUCCGUUCGGAGCUGGAAGAGGAGAAGAAGCGAGAAGCGGCGCGGACGAACGAGCUCAAGGCGGACGAGAAGAGCGCCAAGAAGAACAAGAAGGUCAAGAAGGAGCGUGCGAAGCUGUCCUUUGCAUAUGACGACGACGAGGAGGAGGAUGGCGGUGCCGGACCUUCGAAACUGAAGACAGAGGCAAAUGGCAAGCGCAAGAGGGGAUCGGGUGACGCUGUCAACGAGGACAGCCUUGACGAUCUGGACAGCGGCCCACUCCCCACGACCAAGAAGACAAGCCUCAAGAACCCCAACGUCGACACAUCCUUCCUUCCCGACCGCGACAGAGAAGAGGCGGAGCGGCGCAUGCGCGAAGAGUUGCGGCAAGAAUGGCUACGGAAGCAAGAAGAGAUGAAGAAGGAGGACGUCGAGAUCACCUACUCCUACUGGGACGGCACCGGGCAUCGAAAGACGGUUCUCUGCAAGAAAGGCGACACCAUCGCGCACUUUCUCGAGCGGUGUCGACAGCAAGUGUCCGAGCUCCGCGGUGUGUCGGUGGACAGCAUGAUGUACAUCAAGGAGGAUCUCAUCAUCCCGCACCACUACAGCUUCUACGACUUUAUCGUCAACAAGGCCAGAGGCAAGUCGGGUCCGUUGUUCAACUUUGAUGUACACGACGACAUUCGGUUGGUGGCAGACGCUAGCGUAGAGAAGGACGAGUCGCAUGCUGGCAAAGUGGUCGAGAGGUCGUUCUAUAAUCGCAACAAGCAUGUGUGGCCAUAUAGCCGAUGGGAGGUGUAUGACCCUAAGAAGGAGUAUGGCAACUACACCAUCCACGAUCGAAAGAAGUAG